UGAUCAUUCAUGCAACGUCUCGCUCGGUGAACAGGCAGUCGACCGUCGGCCACAGCGAGCGUUUCCACAAUGCCUGGAGAUUUAUUUUAACGGAAUAGGAGCCGAGCGGAAGCACCGGAACCGCGUCCCAGAAAGAGUAAAACACUGAGCCUUCCCUGCAUUGUGACGUCAAACCUCACCCACUUUACCUGCAUACGGCACAGCUGAAGGCAGAACAAGAUCUGCAUUAGACUGAAAAUAGUCAGAGAAGAAGACGAUCGGUCCUGACUCAAACUGGUCCUCAAUGGACCAGUGAAAUCCUUUCCACCUUGCCAGUUAAAAGCAAUGUUUUUGGGAGCUGGACGCCGUAGCACCGUCAGCAGAGUGUGUGUGGGGCCCCUCCUCUUCCUCUUUCCCAGCACCCCUCCUGACAUGGGAUGCCAGCCUCCUUCCUCCCUGCCCUGAGCUCUCCUGGGGCGCCAUGAACAGCUACAGAGACAGAGGGGUCACUUGCACCUCCUCAGACCUCCUGGAUGGAGGAGGAGGGUUGCCCCAGCACACUCCGUUUCGCCAUACCCCUAAUGGCCACCCAGCUCUUGGCCUCACAGACAUGGUCAUCCAACCACGCGUCUCCGUGCCCAAAAUGGGUGUUAGGGCGCGGAUUGCAGAAUGGCCCCCACGCCGCGCGCAGUCCAGGGAGUCGCUGCUUGAAAAUGGGCAAAUGGGCCUCAUUCACCACGGAGAUGACUGCUCCACUUCAAUGUCUUCUUCAGUCUUGUUAUCUGACAUUGGUUUGGCGGGAGGAGUUACCAGGUUGCCACGGCGACGGUCCAAGGAUGUAGAGUUCAGAGGAGGAGGGUUUGGCUUCGAAAGAAGUUGCCCUUUUAGCCUGAGAGUUCCUCCACUGAGACAGCGCUCAAACAGCGAGGUGACACUGAGCGAACAGGACGAAAAUGAGGUGGAGGUUCGUGGAGGAUGCGGAAUGGGAAACCUGUUCCGAGAGUAUGGCAGCACCUCCUCCAUUGACAUACAGGGCAUUCCUGAGCAGAGUUUUUUGACAAUGCUCAGCCAGUUCCACCAGGAGAGGCCUGACCAGCGCAGCUCAGCACCCAUACGCCUCGGGGAGCUGCUGCGCGCUCCAGACUCACCACCAAGCGCACCUUUACCCUCCGCUCCCUCGCCUGGUCCUCCAGGUGGGGACGACAGGGGGACAGGAAGGAAGGACGGAGCUGAGAGAGUGAGGAAGAAGAGUGGAGGGACGGAGUUGUCACUGGGCACCUCCUCUUUGUUCAGGAAACUUAAGAGCUCUAGUCGCGGCGAGCUGGAUGGAGGGAAAGGUGAGAAUAGCGAGGAUGGGGGCGGCCGGGGUUUAGCAGACGCCUCCUACAAACCGUGGGUGUGCCCCAAGAGCUUUGUCCACUUCGAUGCACAGAGUAUCCUAUUUGACCUCCACGAGGCGGCGGCUCAGCGGGGCUACGCUGCCCAGAGGAGGAACACUGCCACGGGGGCAUCAGCUGCAUCAGUGUCCCUGUCUGUCUCCAGAUCCUCAGCUCCAAGUGUGAACGACCCAGUUUACUCCAGCAUAGAGGAUCUGACCCUGAGCUAUGACCCCAGCUCCAUGACACCUUCCCUGGGCAUGGACGCACUGGACGGGCCUCCUGGAGCCCACAGCUCGAGCCCACUGCUCCUCUGCUGCCCCCACUUCCUCAAUGAGACUGGAGGCCAUGGUGAGCGCAACAUCAGCUUCCUCAGCUCGUCAGCAGAGCGGGACGGAGGAGGAGACGGAACGAGGGGUUGGCUGAGGAGGAGUAAUGCCAGCGUCUCAGUGCUCGAGGUGCCUAUUGAACAGCAGGUCACGAGACUGGACAGACUGAAACUAUACGGCAUAGAGCAUGUGGACCUGGGGGCCAGGUACUACAGAGACUACUUCCAUGGGAAAGAGCACUCAAACUACUUUGGGGCAGACGAUAAGAUGGGCGCUGUGGCCGUGAGCAUCCGCAGGGAGAAACUGGAAGACACCAAAGACCUGAAAGACCAGUACCAGUACCGCCUCAUCGUCAGAACAAGUGAGCUUGUGACCCUGCGAGGCUCCAUUUUAGAGGACGCGGUGGCGUCUACAGGGAGGCACGGCACCGUGCGGGGUCUGCCGCUCAAGGAGGUCCUGGAGCAGGUCGUCCCUGAGCUCAGCGUCUCCUGUUUGAGACUGGCGCUCAGCACCCCCAAAGUCACAGAGCAGCUCCUUAAACUGGACGAACAGGGGUUGAGUCAGAAGCACAAGGUGGGUGUUCUGCUGUGCCGUGCGGGCCAGAGCACAGAGGAGGAGAUGUACAACAACGAGGAGGCGUCACCCGCCUUCUCUGCCUUCCUGGAGCUGCUGGGGGAGCAGGUCCUUCUAAAAGGAUUCACCAAAUACGCUGCACAGCUCGACACAAAGACGGACUCUACGGGCACCCACUCCCUGUACACCACCUACCAGGGCUACGAGGUCAUGUUCCACGUGUCCACCAUGCUGCCGUACAUGCCCAACAACCCACAGCAGCUCCUGAGAAAGAGGCACAUAGGGAACGAUAUUGUCACUAUAAUCUUUCAAGAGCCGGGAGCAAUGCCUUUCACCCCGCAGAAUAUUCGCUCACACUUCCAGCAUGUCUUUGUUAUUGUCCGCGUGCACAACCCCUGCUCUGAAGGCACCUGUUACAGUGUUGCCGUGACAAGAAUGAAGGAUGUGCCUCCUUUCGGCCCACCCAUCCCCAGCGGCGUCACCUUCCGUGACCCAGAAACCUUUCGUAACUUCCUUCUUGCCAAAGUUAUCAAUGCAGAAACUGCAGCGCACAAGUCCGAGAAGUUCCACACCAUGGCAACACGAACGCGGCAGGAGUACCUGCGUGACCUGGCUGAGAAUUACGUCAGCAGCACGCCGCUCGACUCAGCCGGCAAGCUUAACAACCUCAUCUCCCUUGCAUCUAAAAAACGUGAACGCUCGAAGGCGAGAGAGGGAGCAGAGCUGGGAGCUGCGGGGGCCAUCGCCUGGAGGGUCCAGGCCCAGGACUUCAGCGGAGGUGGGACGGAGCUCCCCUGUGCUUUGGGUUUGUCGGCCGAAUACGUCCUCCUCACAGACUGUUCCACCAAAGAAGUGGUGUUUAACUGUUUCUGUGCGGACGUGAUCGGCUGGACGCCAGAGCGGUUGACACUGAAGAUCUUCUACGGCAGAGGAGACCACAUCGCCGUGCGGGUACCAGAAGGCUUUGCACAGGACAUCAGGGAGGUGGUGCAGAGGUUAAAGUCAUUGACAGUGGGAUGUGAGACGGUGGAAAUGACUCUGAGAAGAAACGGACUGGGACAACUGGGCUUCCAUGUUCGCCUGGACGGCACUGUGGCUGAGGUGGAGGAAUACGGCUUUGCCUGGCAGGCCGGACUGAGACAGGGCAGUCGGUUGGUGGAGAUCUGCAAGGUGGCCGCGGUGACGCUGACUCACGAGCAGAUGAUCGACCUGCUGAGGACGUCGGUCACGGUCAAAGUCAUCAUCAUUCCUCCGUACGAAGAGGGGGGACCUCGCAGGGGCUGCACAGAGGAGUAUGAGAUGAAGACCAUGGAGCAGAAGCCAGAACCUGAGCCUCUGGCUGCAGGCUACCGACCCUCCCCUCGCUCGACGUGGCGAUGGGACAGCCCACCCAUUCCUCCAGGGCUCCACAGUGUCCCCAGCCAACAGCGCUGGGGCCCCAUGGGUCCCCCACCUCCUCCACUGCCCCGCUCACACAAGACCCUGAUGUCUGUUCCCUACAGGGAGCCGCAGCACCUCAACUCUAAAAGGCCAGUGAGCUACCCAGAGAACCACUACACUCUGUCUCCUGCAGGAGGCGACAGAGUGCUGCCCUACAGAAACCCCUCAGCCAGCUUCUCCUCACCCUCCUCAGGGCUAGUCGGCCUCUCCACAAUGGGGCCCCCUGGAAUCACACCAGGCCCCUUCGUACGCUACAAACCCUCCCCCGACAGAUAUGGAGCAGGACAGCGCCCCCUGCUGCCCUUUGAGCCCCAUUUCAGUGUGGACGUCACCUCCAGUGGAGAGUCUUCCUCAGGCUUCACCAGCCAGGACAGCACCAUGGAGCGCUGCAAAACAGAACCCCUCUGGCAUGUCCCAGUGUCGUCGUCUCGGGGACCUAGUGGUGGAGGGGGGCAGAGGAGAGUAACCAGACAGGAUGUCCCGGGGAAAGACUCUCCAAACAGACACUCAAAGGGCGAGACUCAGUACUCCAGCCACUCCAGCAGUAACACUAUGUCCAGUAACGCUUCCAGCAGCCACAGCGACGAGCGCUGGUUCGACGGCGGAGCUGGAGGAGAGCGAGGAAGUGGGGGUUGCCUCGGCGACCCAGUGGACCCUGACCCCGACCUUAACAAGGGGGGAUCUAACGACAGUGGAAUCGACGCCUCAACCCACUACAACAACAAUCGCCAGGGAAACAUGUCCAACAGCCAGACCCACAAGCCCAUGCACAGCUUUGCGACCUACAGCGGCGUCCAGGAGCUGUCCGUGGGAAGGAGCAGCGGCAGCAGCGGAGAGGCGAGGAGAAGAGAGUCUUCGCCCAUUAUAGCACCCUCAGCUAGUCAAAACAAAGGGUACCGCACCAAGACAUUCCCGCCUCCUGGCUCUAGCGCAGAUAAAAUGGAUGCUUUCAAGCCUAGGGCCUUCACACCGCAGGGUUACAAGACUCCAACAGCUGAGAAAGCCCGGCAUGUCCGAGCCGUGUCCACAAACCCCACGUCAGCUCAUUUGGGCUCCAUCCCUCUGUCCAGCUCCGCCCCCAAGGCCUUUUAUGGGAAGAGCAGACAAACCGCCUGGCAGAACGAGGACAACGGUCCGUCACCUUCAAACGUAACCACGACGUCCAGCUCUGACAGCAGCAAGAUCAAGAAGCAGGUGGAUACAAACUCAAAGAACGUGUUUGGACAACCUCGGCUCCGAGCCUCAUUGAGGGAUCUGCGUUCUCCGAGACGGACUUACAAAAGCACCAUUGAAGACGACCUGAAGAAACUGAUCAUCAUGGACAACCCGGGAGAGACGCCACAAAGAGAUCCAUCUCCCAGACGAACCUUGCAGCGCACCUUCUCAGAUGAGUCGCUGUGCAGCGGGCGCAGAGAGGCCAGCUUCGCCAACUCUGCUGAGAACCCGACGACGCCCACUGACGUUCUAUUCACAUGCACGCUGCCCAUGCGCAAACACGCCGUGUCCUCCAACCAAAUGCAGAGCAAGAAGGGGCCUCUGUCCGCCUCAGAGCUGUCUCUCACAGAAGUUAGAGACAAAGUUCCCCCUCUGAGGAGGCUCGAUCUCGGGCUGAUGCCUCUUCCUGACACAGCCUGUGGGCUGGAGUGGUCCAGCCUGGUCAAUGCUGCUAAAGCCUACGAAGGUGAGGAUGGAGACGCCUCAGGAUUAGCACAAAGAGCAGUUUCCCUCUUCUCGCUGACGGAGCCACAGGUUGGAGGUCCAGACAUGAGACCGGUCGUCAGUCCAGUCCAGUUUCAGACUCCUCAGACACCACGGACGACACCGACCUUCAGCGGCGACGAGGUGCCCAACGAGUUUUCCGGUCGGCUCUUCCACUUGGAAGUGAUGUUGAAACAGCUGAACAAUGAUCUGGAGAGAGAGAAGAAGGAUAAAGUCUUUCUGCUGGCAGAGAUGGCCAACCUGAGAGAGAAUAACCAGCGCUUGCAGGUGGAGAGCCACACAGCCAGCGAGCAGCUGCGCAAGUUCAGCACUCUUUUUACGAAUGACAAGACAGAGAGUGAGCACGAGGCUCACUCCCUAACUCACGAAACUGACCCGAGGAGUGAGUGAAGAGAUUACCCAUGAUUCCUUGCACGCGUUGCGGCGGCAGAUGUCACAAUGAUGUCACCUCAUUCAGCUUCCACUGGACUGCCUUGAACUUUAGAGAGAGCAAAACAUAAAAAAUGCAACACUCCCUGAAAGUCUCACUCAGCCUGCGCACAGAGCAGGCUGGGUGAGACUCUUUAUUUUUAUAGACUGAAGUCAAAAAGUCUUAUAUACUUGUCAUAUAUAUAUAUAUAUAUAUAUAUAUAUAUAUAUAUAUAUAUAUAUAUAAAAACACAUAUGCUACUAUGCCAGAGGAGCGAGUAGGAGAGGAAAACUAUAUCACCUGGAGAGGCCUAAUACUGUUCCUGCAGCGAAACAGCCAAAAAAAAAAAGUCUCAUUGCAGACUGCAUCUCCCAGAAUGCACUAGAAGUAAUGGAAGCUCUACAGACAUGGUACUGUAGAUAGAUGCCUGUGUGGUACAUUCUCAUGUAUCAAUAUUACCUAUAUUGUACUAAUAUUGUUGUACUAAAGAGGUGUGUGUGCGUGUGCGUGCCGCUGAUGGUACUCAGAAACAUUUUGGCACAACAGUGUUUGUGCUCAAGGCAAAAUGCAUUUUAUUACCCUUUGGUGUGAGUUUGUGAGAUUGAAUGUGAUGGUCUAUUAUAGGAUGUUUUGAGUGAUGAACAAACCAGUUUACUGUAAUAUGAACACUUGUGGGUCACCAUAUUCUUCUUUCCUCCGUUUACAUGGAUGAACCUGUGACCCUGUAGAUGUGAAACAAGUUUGGAGCGAGUGUAAAAGGUCGAUGUCAUGCAGCUUGUGAUAUUAAUAGUAUCAUAUCUCUAAUGUAGUGCAUUGCAUUACAUUAUCACUGUUUUCAGCAGUGCCGUAUCAUCUCAGAUCUAAAUGUACUGGAUAAUUGUUUUAACAUUGAGUCGUUAUCACAGUACGUCUUUACUUCUUUUUUAAUUAAAGCAGUACUUUGACGGACUUUCAGUAAAAUAUACACUACAAAGUAAAAACGGUUAUUAGCUUCACUUGAAGACUGGAACCGGGUGAAAACAACAAGCCUGGCUGUCCAAAAGUAGCACUAAAAUAACACGCUCUCUCUAAUUUGUUCAUUUAGGAAAAAUUCAUUGUUUUAGGGACUAUUUUCUGGAGAGCAGUAACUCGCAGGAUGUUGCUCGGUCCUGGUGUUACACCAAAUUCUGUGAUCUGAUUGGCAAUUUCAGCUAGCCCCUAGUUGUUGUAUCACACUUCAUCACAUACUUGAUUUGAUAGCUGUUACCAAACAUAGCGCCCCUAAAAAUGUCAAAUGUCAAACCACUCUUAUAUUUACGUCAUCUUUGCAUACUAAUCAACAUGAAGCUGUAUUGUGUGCUUCUAGAAAACAUUUUCUGUACAUGAAACUCCCUCAGAUGUGUGAGAGGGUUUGUCCCUGUGUUCUUUGAUAACCCAAAUGAACACAAGACACUAUUUAUACUGCUAGUUUGCUUAAUGAUAUUGUCUUACUAUAUCUAUUUUUCAUACAGAAAUAAUAAGUGUUUUUUUGGACGUUGGUACUGAACAAUUACAUCCCUGCAGAGGAUGACUCUUAAUCAUCCUGUGUCCGUUUGACUUAUUGCUGAAGAAGUUGUACUAAAUGAUCUCCGGCUCCGCUCUGCCAGACAGAUCCUUCUCUCAUCACGAGGUUUCUUCUUCCCUGGUCGGACUGGAACUGUCCCAACUCUCUCAGGUUCCUCAACAUGCUGUUAAAUGACUUUAAACCAUCAGUUAGGAGUGGGCGAUGUAAAUUAAAUGUCUACAGCGUAUGGUUUAUACCGUUGUAGUCAUCCCUUUAAUGUCCAUGGGUGUAUUCAAUCAUUUUAGGCAAAGUUGAAAAUCUGUCCUUUUUUAUGGCAAUGUUGAUUUUGUUUUUAAUGAUUGAAUACCUGAAUUUAUACGUGUUUAAUUUGCAGGAUUAGAAAGUUGUUUUUCAAUUGAUGUUCCAUAAAGUCGACUAUAUUGAUAUCUUCAUAUAAAAUGCCCACUCCUAUCAAAAGUACUUUUCUUUCCGUGACACAAGAGGAAACAAGUGUUGUAGUCCGACUCUGAGCCGCACAGAAAACUGCCAUUUCCUCCUGCUUUCAUGUCUCCACCUCCUUUAUUACUGCAGCCAGGUAUACAGUUAGCCGGGCUGUGUGGCUUUGAUACAGUAACGUGUAUACCUUUUCAGGCCGUUGUUUGGGUUCAGAAAUGCUCCUCUUACCAGUGUCUCAUAAACAAGUUCAGGCUAUAAUGGGGUCAGAUUCCAAAAUUUCCUUUUUGGGCAUUUUUAGUUCAGGUGACGCUCUCCUCCUUGUAAGGAAGUCCUUCAUUCAUGCAGCUUUGUAGGUGUAGCUGUGAUUUUAGUAUUUGCAAGUCUCUUGCUUAAAGGGGGCAAGGUUUCUUUUUUAUAAAGUUUGUUGAUGUUAUGUAUAAUUUUAAGCUAUUUAUAGCACAGCGGUCUCUGUUGAACAAAUCAAGUUUGCAACAUGGUUAAUGGUAAUAUUGUAAAACUAGGUUUGUUUUUUAGAUGUUAAAUAUUUUGAUAAUUUAUUUUUUAACACAUUCCCACUGUUGAGAGAUGAGGGUACUGUGUUUUUAUUUGUAUGCCAUUUUACUUCUGAUCUCUGUACAAAACUGAUUUGUAUGAUUCCUCGUUUUCUAUUUUCUGGCAUCUUUUCCCGUUUGUGUCGGUGCUUUCUGCACAGGGCACCGGUACGUGAUGCACACAGAACGUUUUGGUUGGACAUCGUUUUCUUUGGGUUGUAAUAACUUGUACAUUUAAAAGUGUAAAUUAUGUUUUCAUUAUUUUAUAAAAAAAAUUAUAUUAAACAAUGA